AUGCGCGUCCCGUACCCCACAAACUCUCACAUCCGCGCUUGGCAACGUACGUCCCGGUUUACUCAACACUGCUACCGCGUAGCUCGGCUUCUCUAUUCGUUGUUGAUCGUUCUGCCGCAGAUACCGCUUGUAUUUCUCUCUGUCUUAUUCUCUCUUUCUUAUUAUGGUCGUCCUCAUUGGUCCUUCACAUACCGUGCCUCUCUCCUCAUCGGCUCCCACAUAGCCUGGUCUCUAAAUCCUGGCACCCAACCCCUUAAAGAUGUUCUCUCCUUUCCCGCCCGCUGUUCCAUCCCCAAACUCACCGACGAUCAAAGUGUACAAUUGGAGGUCAUACCACCAGCAGAUGAACCAUGGUUUAAGGGCGAUGCAAUACAUCCAACCAUCCAACCAGAAAGUUGUCCCUGUUUCUGGCAAUGGACACGGGAUCUUUCUCCUCCCGUUGGCGACACCUCUGCCCCAUUAUCACAGAGGAAAAUCAUGAUGUAUUUCGUAGGUGGCGGAAUGGUACAAGGCCAUCCGCUUACAUCUUCUAUUCCCUGGCGCGUGAUGCAGAAAACCAAGAUCCCCAUCUUCGGCGUCAACUUCCGUAAAUGUGUAACGGCCAAAACGGCAUUUCCAGCAGCCUUGCAAGAUGCAUUGUCGGCGUUGCACUUUCUCCUCGAGAUGGGAUAUCGUCGGGAGAAUAUCUCGAUUAUGGGAGAUUCGGGAGGUGCGGGAAUUGUGGUUACGCUUUUGUUGUAUCUUAAUAGGUAUAGUUUUCCCAUGCCGGAAAACGCGGUGUUGAUUUCUCCAUUUGUGGAUUUGGCGUCAAGGUUUGAUGGGAAGGGGAUGGGAGAGGAAGAGGAGAGAAGUCUGAUAGAGUUGGAUUUUAUGAAUAAUGCAAUGUUUGCAAUGGUGGGAUACCAGUACUGCGAGAACAGGCCGGAUUUGAGAGAGACGCUUUUGAGUCCGGCGAGAGGGAUGUUGCCGGAAGGGUAUAAAUUUGAGGGGCUUUGUAGGUGUAUGGUUGUUCGGGGAGAUGCGGAAGCUUUUUGCUCAGGCAUACGAAAAUUCGUCAAUCAUCUACGCCAAGCAGGUGUAAAGGUAGAGGCGGUGGUUGGAAAAGAUGAAGUUCAUGAUUUUCCCAUCUUCUCAAAAGCUGAUGGAUCGUACGAGUUUUUUGGGCGAGUCGCAAGGUUCUUGGAAGGAGAUGGAAUUUAUGAUUGA